AUGGCUCAAAAAGCUUUAAAAUUCAUGCAAAAGGGAGAUAUAAUAGAUGGAUCAGAACGAUCUGAACAAGAUAGAUCAUCAACAGCAGUUGUAGAGAUAAAGGAAUCUAAAAAAAAUGAAAAAAGUGAAAUUCAAGCGUAUACUGAGGAAUAUGAAAGAUCCGAAUCCAGUUCACCUGGCGUCGAAGUAAAUAAGGCUGAAUGGAGCUCUUGCGAAAAAUUACAGAAAAAAAAGCGGAAUCGGACAACAUUUACCACUUUUCAACUUGACAGCCUUGAAAUUUUCUUCGCUAAAAACGGUUAUCCAGGACAUGAUGCAAUAAAGAAACUAUCACAGUCGAUACAACUCAAUAAGCAAAAGAUAAUGGUAAGCCGAAAUUUUGUUUCGCAACAGAAAUUAAGUUUAAUAGAUUUUAAUAGAGAUUUUUUAAUUUCAGUUAGUCCUCGCAGAAGUCCUUUUUUAAAUGGUUCUAAGCGUGAUUUGGCUUUGAUUAGUUAG